UUAAAAAAAAAAAAGGCUCCUCAGAUCUCUGCAAAAAUCUCAAAAGGAAGACGGCGAUAGGAUCAUCUGAUCGGCGAAAACAUGUCGAGCGAUAGCGACGAUCUCGACGAAGAUGAGCUCCUUCAAAUGGCGUUGAAGGAGCAAACUCAGCGAGAUCUCACCUACCAGAAGCCUCCUUCCGGCUCUUCCCGCAAGCCCGUCGCUAAUUUCGUCCAGCAGCCGCGGCAGCAGAAGCCUCCCCCUCCGAAGAAAUCCGCCGGAGGUGCGGCGGCUAGGAAGCCAUCCAUGGACGAGGACGAUGAAUCGGAGGUGGAGCUGCUCAGCAUUUCGAGCGGUGACGAGGAUAUGGGGAGGGAUCGGGAAAGAGGCGGCGGCGGCGGAGGAGGAGGAGGCGGCGGAGGAGGAAGAGGAAGAGAUGGCGUCGGAGAGAGAGGAAGACCGGUGAAGGAUGAUGAUGGAGCUUGGGAUGGAGAGGAACCCGAUCGCUGGAAACGAGUAGAUGAAGCUGACCUUGCCCGUAGGGUUCGUGAUAUGCGGGAAUCGAGAACAGCACCCGUGGCUCAGAAGUUUGAGCGCAAUGUAUCUGCAGCUGGCAAGAAAGUGGCUCUCACUAGUUUGCAGUCUUUACCCCGUGGCAUGGAAUGUAUCGAUCCACUAAAAUUAGGGAUAAUAGACAAUAAGACUCUGAGAUUGAUCACCGAGUCAUCAGAAAGCAGCCCUUCAAAAGCCGAGAAAGUGGAUGGUGCACUUCGUGAAAAAUUGAUGUACUUCUCUGAUGUUUUCGACCCCAAGUUGUUUCUUUCUCGCAUUCACCAACGCACAGCUGCAGCAGACUUAGAGGCUGGUGCCCUUGCGCUGAAAAAUGACUUAAAGGGCCGGAAUCUGCAAAGGAAACAGUUGGUAAAAGACAACUUCGACUGUUUUGUCUCCUGUAAAACCACAAUUGAUGAUAUUGAGUCAAAACUAAAACGAAUUGAAGACGACCCAGAAGGAUCUGGAACUAUUCAUUUGUACAAUUGUAUGCAAAGUGUGAUAUCACGGGCCAAUCGAGCUUUUGAGCCUCUUUUUGAGAGACAGGCUCAAGCUGAGAAAAUCAGAUCUGUACAAGGAAUGCUUCAGAGAUUCCGAACACUCUUCAAUUUGCCCAGUAUCAUUCGUAGCAGUAUCAGCAAGGGAGAAUAUGACUUGGCUGUCCGUGAAUACAAGAAAGCGAAGUCUAUUGCUCUCCCCUCUCAUGUAAAUAUACUCAAACGCGUACUUGAGGAGAUUGAGAAAGUGAUGCACGAGUUUAAAGGCACACUUUACAAGUCUAUGGAAGAUCCAAAAAUAGAUCUGACGAGUCUGGAAAAUACGGUGAGGCUUUUGCUGGAGCUAGAACCUGAAUCAGAUCCCGUAUGGCAUUAUUUGAAUGUGCAGAAUCAUAGAAUCCAUGGCUUGCUUGAGAAAUGUACUUUUGAUCAUGAAGAACGGAUGGAAAUUUUGCGCAAUGAGAUGCAAGAGAGGGCUCUCUCCGAUGCGAAAUGGCAGCAAAUUCAACAAAAUACUGUUCAAUCUUCAGAUGCUGUCUCUUCUAUUGGUAAUAACCAAGUUCAAGUAGAUUUACAGUCAGUAGACUUAAUAGGCGAGGAGUCUGAUGCUUUGAGGGGAAGAUACAUUAAAAGAUUAACUGCUGUGCUUGUACACCACAUCCCGGCUUUCUGGAAAAUAGCUCUUUCUGUUUUCAGUGGGAAGUUUGCCAAGUCUUCCCAAGUGUCUGAUACUUCAGCCACUAAAGCUGAGGAGAAAGUUGCAGAGUCAAGGUAUUCGACUCAUUCUCUGGAAGAAGUUGCCGGGAUGAUACGCAAGACCAUAUCUGUGUAUGAAGCAAAGGUGAACAUAACAUUUCGUGAGUUUGACGAAUCAUACAUUCUUCGCCCGUAUAUGAGUGACACCAUCAAAGAAGUAUCAAAAGCAUGCCAAGAUUUUGAAGCCAAAGAAUCAGCGCCUCAUAGUGCAGUCAUGGCACUGAAAAAGGUCCAGGCGGAAAUCACUAAGAUUUACAUACAAAGACUUUGCUCUUGGAUGAGGGCAUCAACAGAAGGAAUAGCGAAGGAGGAGCCAUGGAUCCCAGUAUCGAUUCUUGAAAGGAACAAAUCUCCAUAUACCAUCUCUUACUUGCCUCUUGCAUUCCGAUCAAUUAUCAUCUCUGGGAUGGAACAAAUUAAUCAGAUGAUCCUGUCUUUGAAAGGUGAAGCUGCUAAGUCAGAGGAUAUGUUUGCCCAGAUCGAGGAAAUCCUGAUGUCAGUUAGGCUCGCCUUUUUUAACUGCUUUCUAGAUUUUGCUGCUCACUUGGAGCAAAUCGGUGCUGAUCUUGCUCAAAGUACCUCAAGAAGAGAGAAUUGGCAAAAUGGAUUUUCCGGUGAUUAUAAUGAAGAUCCAUCAGCCAAUUCCCCCGAAGGUGUUGCUGAUCCUCACAGGCAGUUGUUGAUGGUCUUAAGUAAUAUCGGUUAUUGCAAGGAUGAACUUGCUCCUGAGCUCUACAACAAGUUCAAGCGUACCUGGUUGCAGUUUAGAGAAAAAGAUGAAGAUGGCAGUGAUCUUCAAGAUCUAGUAAUGGCUUUCUCUGGUCUUGGAGAGAAGGUCCUCGAGCAUUACACAAUUGCUAAGGCAAAUAUGAUCAGAACAGCUGCUAUGAAUUAUUUGUUGGACUCCGGUAUUCAGUGGGGAGCGACGCCUCUAGUGAAAGGCAUACGAGAUGCUGCAGUCGAGCUGUUGCACACUCUGGUGGCUGUCCAUGCAGAGGUCUUUGGGGGUGCCAAACCCCUCUUGGACAAGAUUCUCGGGAUUUUGGUGGAAGGGCUAAUCGAUACUUUUCUCAGCCUUCUCGAAGAAAACAAAUCGAAUGAGCUGAGAUCACUCGAUGCAAACGGUUUCUGCCAACUGAUGCUCGAGCUCGAGUAUUUCGAGACGAUACUGAAUCCGUAUUUCACGGCGGAUGCAACCGAGUCACUGAAAUCUCUGCAAGGAGCUCUGUUGGAGAAAGCUAUAGAGAGCAUCAGCGAGGCGGUCGAGAACCCUCCUGGACAUCACCGGAGACCAACUCGCGGGAGCGAGGAUGCAAUUUCAGACGACAAACAACAAGGAUCAUCUGUGUCCCCGGAUGACCUCCUCGCUCUAGCGCAGCAAUGCACGAGCGAGAUGCUCCAGUCAGAACUAGAGAGGACUCGGAUCAACUCGGCAUGUUUCGUGGAACCAAUCCCGUUAGAGCCGCCGCUCGAAACGGUGGCUAAAGCAGCAUACUCUUCGUUCAGAGGAUCAAUGGAUUCUUCUCCGAGCAGAAACUACAGAGGCACCACCACACAGACGGUGGGGUCUCCGGUUUAUUCACGACCUCGACGAAGAUAAGUUUCGUUUUGAUCCUUACAACAUCUCAAGACACAACAUCUUUUUAUUUGUCUUUGUGACCUCUUCUUUUUUUUCUUUUUCACUUUGCUUGUCUUUGCCCUCCUUUGUGGUUAAAUGUUUUAUUUUUAAUUUUGUUAAUAUUUUUUUUUAUCGUCGAUACAUUAUGUCUAGUAUUUCGUCUUUGGGUGAGUUUUUUGUUGUUUUGUUUUCUUGUUACAUCUUUUGUAAUGGCUACGUAUUUCGUCGCUAUAUCAUGUAUCGACCAUUUUUUUUGUUCUAUAAAACAUGAUUUUUUUUUUUA